AUGGAAGAUCAGGUUCGAAAUGAAUCACUAGACCACAAUCGGUUUAGUGUAACAAUUAGGAUUUGGAUUGCUUUUAUAGUGGUGCUUAUUUCUGUACUUGCAUAUAUCCUGAAGAGAAAGCUUACACGUGGUAAUACAAUUCUUAUCGUAGGAUUGUGCGAUUCCGGGAAAACUAUGCUGUUUUCGAAGUUAAUCAAUCCAGAAUACAGUCCAGAAACUUAUACAUCCCUAAAAGAAAAUCGUUGUGAAGACGUUUCGAUAACAAGUGAUAAAUUGGUUACCUUAGUUGAUUUUCCUGGAUCUGAAAGGCUUCGAAAGCAGCUUUUUGGGAACUACUUACAGAAAAAUCGAAGUAGCUUGAAAGGCAUUGUGUUUGUCAUCGAUAGUUCAACAUUUAGUAAGAGAUCCCGCGACGUGGCAGCAUUCCUUUAUGAUGUCCUAUAUGAGUCAGAGAAGAAAAUUCCGAUGCUUGUGGCAUGCAACAAGCAGAAUUGUCCUUUGGCUAAAAGUUCACAGGCUGUGCGAACGGCGCUGGAGCGGGAAUUUGGUUAUAUCAAUGGAACACGUGAAGCAGCUUUAGAUUCCACUGAUGGCAUAGCAAAAAAAAGAACUCUAACUAGUACAGGUAAAAGUUUCCGUUGGGACGAUUUAUCAUCGCCACGCUUGGAUUUCAUUGAGUGUUUUGUAAAGGAGGAUUCUGAAGAUGGUGGUGAUAAAUAUUGUGAGAUUGGUGCAAUACAAAGUUGGAUUGCUAAUCUAUGA